GUAGCAAGACAAGAAACGCUAAAAGACGUUUGGCGCGGUUGGUAGACAGACAGACGAGCUGCAGCCGGCGGAGGGAGACGAACCAGGAACCGAGGAGGUCGCACCUACAUCCAUGGGUCAAACCCGCGGCUCAGCUGCUUCUAUCUAGUAUCUUCUGUUGGAGAAACAACCGGCAGACAUCCGGACAUUUACUAACAGAGAGUCGGUGCGGUUUAAUCUGUGUUUUUAUCUUUAUUCUCCCGUUAACCGGAGCUCUUUAUUCUCUCAUUGGCGGACGGAUACACUCUGAUCAUGCCUCCCAUCCAACCUGACAGCGGGAAGAAUGAGCUCAAAACUCGGAUACAGCAGCUUAUCGACACCAAUCAGGUGAUGGUGUUCAGUAAAAGCUACUGUCCGUACUGUGUCAAGGUGAAAGAAUUGUUCAAGGAGCUGAAAAUCGAGUGUAAUGUGGUGGAGUUGGAUCUCAUAGAGGAUGGAACCAACUACCAGGAUAUGCUGUUCGAGAUAACCGGACAGAAAAGCGUUCCUAAUGUCUUCAUCAACAAGAAGCAUGUUGGCGGCUGUGACAAAACACUGCAGGCUCAUAAAGACGGCAGCCUGCAGCAGCUACUGAAGGGAGAAGAUGAAGCUUAUGACUACGACCUGAUCGUCAUCGGAGGAGGAUCUGGAGGCCUGGCCUGCUCAAAGGAAGCUUCUUUAUUGGGGAAGAAGGUCAUGGUACUGGACUAUGUUAUUCCCACACCAAAGGGAGCCACCUGGGGUCUCGGUGGAACUUGCGUGAAUGUCGGCUGCAUUCCCAAGAAGCUGAUGCACCAGACGGCCGUGCUGGGCACCGCCAUGCAGGACGCACGCAUGUUCGGCUGGGAGUUUGACGAAAAAGGUGAGGACUCAGAGCUCCGACCCCGGAGGUCACGAAGGGGGGACGUCGCACCGGUUUGCCGCGUGAAGCACAACUGGGACACGAUGAAGACGGCGGUGAACAACUACAUCGGCUCACUGAACUGGGGCUACAGGGUGGCACUGAGAGAAAAGAGCGUCAACUAUGUCAAUGCCUAUGCAGAGUUCGUUGAACCACACAAAAUCAAGGCGACAAACAAACGUGGGAAGGAGACGUUUUACACGGGGGCUAAGUUUAUCUUGGCUACAGGAGAGAGGCCGCGCUACCUGGGCAUCCCUGGAGACAAGGAGUACUGUAUCACCAGUGACGACCUCUUCUCGUUGAAUUACUGCCCGGGAAAGACCCUGGUGAUCGGGGCGUCGUACGUGGCUCUGGAGUGCGGUGGUUUCCUGGCUGGCCUGGGUCUUGAUGUCACCGUCAUGGUUCGAUCCAUCCUGCUGAGGGGCUUUGACCAGGACAUGGCCAACCGCGCCGGAGAUCACAUGGAGGAGCACGGAGUCAAGUUCCUCCGCAAAUAUGUCCCUACAAAGAUAGAGGAGCUGGAAGCAGGCACUCCUGGCAAACUGAAGGUGACAGCCAAGUCCACAGAAAGCGAUGAGAUCAUCGAGGGAGAGUACAACACCGUGCUGAUAGCGGUGGGCCGAGACGCAUGCACAGACAAGCUUGGCCUGGACAGCACAGGGGUCAAAGUCAACUCCAAGAAUGGAAAGGUUCCAGUGAACGAUGAAGAGCAGACCAACGUGCCCCACAUCUACGCCAUCGGAGACAUUCUGGAGGGAAAGUGGGAGCUGACGCCGGUCGCCAUCCAGGCUGGCAAGCUGCUGGCACGACGCCUCUACGGGGGCUCAACAGUCAAGUGUGACUACAUCAACGUUCCCACCACGGUCUUCACCCCGCUGGAGUACGGCUCCUGUGGUCAUUCAGAGGAGAGAGCCUUGGAGCUCUACGGGCAGGAGAACCUCGAGGUGUUCCACAGUCUGUUCUGGCCUCUGGAGUUCACUGUGCCUGGCAGAGACAACAACAAGUGCUACGCUAAGAUCAUCUGCAAUAAACUGGACAAUGACCGAGUCAUUGGGUUCCACUAUCUGGGGCCAAACGCCGGAGAGGUGACGCAGGGCUUCGGUGCAGCCAUGAAAUGUGGCGCCACCAAGGAGCAGUUUGACGGCACCAUCGGCAUCCACCCGACCUGUGCUGAGAUCUUUACCACUUUGGAGGUGACCAAGAGCUCCGGUGGAGACAUCACCACGGCCGGCUGCUGAGGUUAAACCCUGCUCGUUUAGCGGGCUGCUCUCAUGUUAGACUCUUCUAACAAACCCCUCUCAUCUCAGUCAACCUCUAAGCUCAGCCUCACCUCCAGCUGCUCAGCUUACAGGGCGGUUGUUUCUCAGGACAAAACCAAACACCGUGAGCCGGCGUCUGAAUGGGUGAAAGCACUCGUUCGGGCUCGCUGGGAGCUUCGAGGUGACUGAACGAAGCCAGAGUCUCCAUCUCUGGCUGAGGUAGUUUAAUAUGAGGGCAGCCUGCUGAACAGCGGGGUUACUCUGCUGAUAUUUCUGGGCUCCACCAGUGUGUCCUUCUCAGAGGAGCACCAAACACACAUUGCUACUGCUGAGUGUGUGUUUGGGCUGUUUGUGACGUCCUGGCCCGUAACCUGAAAUACUCAGGUGGGCGAGGAUCGAUGUCCCUCUGCGGAAGCACCUGACGGCGACCCAAACCCUUCGUCCAAUCCCCCAACUUCAAACACUUCUCAUUCACAGAUGGCAUACAGACUGAAAUUGACUUUAGUAAGACAGAUUGAAACUGGCACACAAGCAGGGUUUGAAAGGAUGCACGGCUCUGAACUCUGGUCCAGCUUGUGAUGGAAGCUUAUUAUUUAAUCAGGUCUGUCUGUUUGUAGAUUAUGUCGUCGUGUCUCAUCUGUUGAGCCUUCAUGAUUCCACACAUACUCCUCUUACCGGGUCUUUAGGAGGCACAUACGUGUAGCUGUUAAUAUUUGUCUUUGCUAUGUGGGUUUUUCUGCCUUAAAGAGAACUCUCUCUCUUCCAAAGUAUUUAUCUAAACAAGUCUGCAGAGAGAUCGAGAGCCGGCAUCACCUUUCAAACCUUCAUGUGCUUCACAUCACACAACUUCCAGAUGAAAUUGAAUGAAAAAUCCAACCUGAAUCGUACUGAAUGUUGUUUUAAAAACAAAACAUUUUCACAGGGUUUUACUAAAUUAAUUUAAUGCUUGUGUGUUGCUGCUGUCUGCCUCUGCUUUAUGUGUAUGUAAAAGAUCUAUUCAGUCUUUGUAGAGGACAGUAUUCUGACUGCUGUCGGUGAGUGGUCAUCUGUAUAAAUGACUUGUUUGUUGGUGUCAAACCACUGUAGAUUACUUCUCUCUCAAGAUCUAAUAAAGGAUGAAUUCACCUUCAA